AUGGUUUCUUCUCUCUACAUUAUGUGGCCGAAGGAUGAAGACGAGCAACAAGUGAAUGGGGACAGCUCAUCUAUGAAGCACCGAUACAGCGACACGGAUACGGCGAUACGGGUACGGGGAUACGGGAUACGGCAAUUUCUAGAAACAGCAAUACGGCGAUACGUGCUCAUUGGAGAUGUCCAGGGUCGGCAUCCAUGUCAACCUUUCUCCUGUGGACAUCUCCGAAACGUGUCGCAUCCUUUCCGCCGGCAAGGCGAUCCACAUAGGUGCGGUGUUCAAUCAUAUGAGCUGGUCUGCGCCGGCGGCAAGGCCAAAAUUCAGAUCAACACUGGGGCAUACUUUGUCACCGAGAUCAACUACACGAGUUCGUCCUUCUGGGUCGUGGAUGCCAGCUUAGACAUGAACAGCAGCUGCCCUCUUCCUCGCUCGGAUCAGUUUCCUUAUUUCAAUGGGGUCCAAGGGCCACACAAGAGCCGGGAAUUGGUCCCUAGUGAUAGAGUUAUCAGGGCUAGCUUCAUGAACUGUUCGCGGGCUGUGACCACGAAAAGUUGUUUUUCUGGCUUUAUGCCAGUCGCCUGCCUGAGCACCAACUACUCCUUCGUUUAUCUGGUGACAGACAAUGUGUAUGUGGAAAUCUUAGAGCCUUCUUGUGGUUACCUGGCUGUGUUUCUUUUUGGUGGUCGGGAGAUCGACCAUGAUUUCCGCUAUUAUGCAAAUUUUGUUGAGUACAUGAGGGGUGGAUUCUCUGUUCAAUUCCCUCAGACGGAAACUCCAUUGAAUUAUAUUCACUACAUCAACCGCUGCAUCGACUGGUCAAUUCGCGACCCAAAUGGAGAGCCGUUGUUUAGUACAGGCAUCAGCAUCAGGAAUAGGAUUGUGGACAUCCUUUAUAUCGACUUCCGUUUCUGGGCAUGCAUAUUUGGUGUGAAGAGACCAUAUAACAGCGUAGUUCUCUAUAUCAGAGACAUGGUUACUUCCGAUGACUCACUUUAUCAUAAGUUACCCCCAAUACUUGCUAUGUGGAUUCUGACGUGGAUUGCUGUACUAUGCAGAUUCGCGUUGUCACCCCUCGUGGUAUUGUUCUACCUUGCCCACAAGUAUUGGAAAACAAGGAUCACAAUUGAUGCAGUCGAGAAGUUCCUCCGGAUGCAAAAAAUGGUUGGCCCGACAAGGUACACCUACACGGAUAUAGUUGCAGUCACAGGCCAUUUCAGAGAUAAAUUGGGCCAAGGUGGUUAUGGAUCGGUAUUCAAGGGCGUGCUACUCCCAGGCGAUGUUCAUGUGGCCAUCAAGAUGUUAGAUGGUAAAGCCAAUUGCAAUGGAGAAGAUUUUAUCAGCGAGGUCUCCACCCUCGGCAGGAUCCACCACGUCAAUGUGGUGCGUCUGGUUGGGUUCUGCUCAGAGGAAAUGAAGAGGGCACUGGUCUAUGAGUACAUGCCUCGAGGUUCUCUUGACAAGUACAUCUUCUCAGCCGAGAAGACUUUCUCCUGGGACAAGCUCGUCGAGAUUGUUAUGGGCAUUGCCCGAGGGAUCAACUACCUGCAUGAGGGGUGUGACAUGCAGAUUCUACACUUUGACAUAAAGCCACACAACAUCCUUCUUGAUAGCAAUUUUGUCCCAAAAGUAGCUGAUUUCGGUCUUGCCAAACUGUAUCCGAGGGACAGCAGUUUUGUGCCAUCUAACGCCUUGAGGGGAACUGUUGGGUACAUAGCUCCUGAGAUGAUAUCUCGAAGUUUUGGUGUCGUAUCGAGUAAGUCGGAUGUGUACAGUUUCGGGAUGCUGCUGCUCGAGAUGGCUGGCGGACGCAGGAAUGCUGAUCCCAAUGCCGUUAACUCAAGUCAGGCAUACUACCCCUCAUGGGUGUAUAGCCGGCUAACUGAGCAACAACUGGAUGAGAAUGAGAUAUCUUCUGCGGUAGCUGAGAUGCACAAGCUGGAGAGGAAGCUAUGCAUUGUUGGUUUAUGGUGCAUCCAGAUGAGGUCUCAUGAUCGUCCAACGAUGAGCGAGGCGAUAGAGAUGCUGGAAGGUGCCGUGGAUGGCCUGCAAAUGCCAUCUAGGCCAUUCUUCUGUGACGAAGGGCACACCCAUGUAGAUGAUUCUUACCAUCUAUCAUCCGAGCUGACUGCAAUCACUGAGGAGGAGGAUAUGUGA